UAAAAAGUCCACGGGUCCACCUUUUCCCCGUAUAAUAUACUUGCUGUUUGUCUACGCGUAUAUAAUUAUGAACACGGUGCUUGUAUAGUGUCGCGUUGGUAUAUGUAUAUGCGUGUAUACCAGUAUUGAACUUUUGGUUCGCUCUCUACAUUUUGCAACGUGGCUUCCGAAAUGGCGACACAAACGAACUACAGAUCACUGAGCUUGAUGUGCAUUUCUUUACUCAUCAUUUCUUAUUUUGCUUCAAAAUGCUGGGUUUUGACCAAGGAUAACAACUUUCUAGUACAGCAUCUUGAUACCAGGGAGAUAGAGAAUGAAAACGUCCAGAGAGAGAUGGACGACAUGAAAACCCAGCUCGAAGAAGCGAAAAAGCAACUAGAGCAGACGAAAAAGGAGAAGGAGGCGAAUACAAAAGAGUUGGCGGAUGCGAUAAAAGAGAAGGUCAAGUUAGACGAUGAAAGAAAGAAGGCGAUUGCUGCUGGAGAUAAACUAAAGGAAGAAUUGGACAAAACAAAAGCCACUUUAGCCGGGACGAAGACUGCGCUCGAAGAAGCGAAGAAGAAAGUUGAAGAACAACAAGCAGCGGAAAAGAAAAAGGAGGAGGAGAAGAAGAAGAAGAGUGAGGAGAAGAAGAAGGAGGAGAAGAAGGAGGAGCCGAAGGAGGAAGCAAAGGCAGCAAGAAGGCGUCUGCUAUGGAAACACAUCAGAAGUUCAUGAUAAGAAGACCCUAUAAUUAUCAUAGAUCAAUAAUUGAUUUUAGCCCCGAUUUCAGCCUUGUUUGUAUUUCGCUAGGCGUCGUCAUUAUACGUUUUCUCCCUUUUUUUGGGGGGGGGGGGGGGAGGGGGGGGGGGGUGAAUAGGGUCGUCGGCCAAGAAAGCGAGAUUUGUCGACAGGUUGGUUAAUAUUUGUUUAUAUUACAAUGGCAGACAGGGUCAAGAAUUAUUUUCCAACAAGCCAAUAAAAAGUGGUUCUCAAACUACCUGUAAAACAAAAAGGAAAAAAUGCUAAAGACUUUUACGUUUUAAUUCAUACGUCAGCAUAGCCAUCUUUUUUGUUUUCGGUAAUAACUAUGAUGGUACCAGAAAAGGUGUUUCUGUCAAGAUAAUGUGGAUAUGUUGCAAUAGCAUACGUCAAUAAAUGUACAAGCAGACUUUUAUAGUAUUUUUUUUUCAAAACUGGAUGUUGGAUACGAGUAAUUUAGAAUUUAUGAUUGAAUAACAAAACUACACAAUGUAUAAAUGACAUUCCCACUCAUUCUCUCUCUCUCUCUCUCUCUCUCUCUCUCUCUCUCUCUCUCUCUCUCUCUCUCUCUCUCUUGAUACACGAAUACUGCUACUACUAUACUACUACUUCUACUACUUCUACUAGGGUAAUUAAUCGUAGACAGUGAACAGUUAUACAACAUGAAAGUAAACACUUAGAAUUUAGAUAGUUCCCUGCGAAGUACGGGACAAAAUUCGACUGCCUCCAACAAAACAAAAAACACUUCUGAAUGUUGAUUCAACCGUGUCAAGAGCUUGAAUUCAUGCACAUAAAAAUGUGUAGAUAGAUAUUAAUUUUGUAUUAUCGUUAUCCUGAGGCCAAAGUCUAACAAGUCUUUCAUAUUUUUUUCCCCAAGGUUAACAGUUAGAAGGCAAACAAAGGGGUUUGGAACUAGCAGUAGCAUAGCUUGGGGCAAGUCCUUGAGGGGAAUAUUUGUACUUUGUUUUGUUUGGGGUUGCCUUUUGAAUGUAUCGUGUCUGUUUGUUUGUGUUUUUGUUUUUGUUUCUUUUGUAGGUUAUUGUAUAAUCGUUUAUCUACAUAAUUAUAGAUGUUGCAUCAAAUCCUUAAUUGAAGGUAGAUUUGGGUGAAUGGAUUUUAAAUAAAUGUUUUUCUUUAAUAGUGAUAGCAAUUCCUUUUUAAAAAGUAUAUAUUUGACUGGUUGCCGAUAAAACAAAAAUAUCAGCCUUCUUUGUUUUCUACUUUGUACAAACGGAACGUACUAUUCGAUAUUAUGUCCAAACUGUAUUAAAUACAGUGAUGUGUGAUAAUGGAUUUGCAUUGUGUAUUGUAUAGUGCCUCUUUAGAAAAGAUUUUUUGAAGAACCAACGUGUCUUUCGAAAACAUUGUGCAUUCAAACAAAAUGUAAUCAUUGACCUUUCCAAUGUGGUAUGGAAUCCUUGCAUAGAUAUAUUUCAUUCAGCGUCAUGUAGAAUGUAAAUUGUAAUAAAGUAUACAGUGUUUAUAGGAUUACGAGCAAUUUAUAGAUUCGUCAGGAGAUCUGUUUUAUUUUUAUAACUUUAUUUGCGGCAAUAAUAUCUUAACGAAAUAUGCUUCAAAUCUCUAUUAUAGCAAAUAUCUUUCUAUUUCAUGUAAAGAUGAGAUGUGCAUUGUACACCUUUCAUGCUCUUAAUGUAGAAAUCUGUUUUAGUCUGUGCUAGAAAACUUAAAAUUGCUUGAUAUGUAUUUUUUCAUUCAUCAUUUUUGUAUAGAUUUCAUAAGGUUAAGUUUUAUUUGACUUAGUUUAUUUUCAGUUCAUUUUCAACAACGAAAGAGUAGUCGAAAUGCAAAAUACCUAAUUUAAUAUAAUUUGUACAAGUUAUUUUCUUACAAUGGUGUUUCAUGGAUUAAAAUGUUAUUAGAAAUGUACUUUUCGAAUUUCAAAAUGUAUUUUUCAUAUUCGAAAUAAAAAAAUCUGUCUUUCAUCACUUUCACAAA